AUAAGUCGAUUUGAGGGGUCAUCUAUACCUAUAUGAAACCUACAUAAUGUUGCUACGGAUUUUGUGUGCCUGUUUAAUAAUCCAGCAAACGUUUAGUUUUGCGAUCGAUGGUAGGCAACGUCGCCAAACUCAAACAGGAGGGAGUGGAGGAGCUAGUCCAAGCAGCAGUGGAAGCAGUAGCAGCGGUGGAAGCAGUAGCAGCGGUGGAAGCAGUAGCAGUAGUGGAAGCAGUAGCAGUGGCGGGAGUAGCAGCAGUAGUGGAAGCAGUAGCAGUGGCGGGAGUAGCAGCAGUGGCGGUAGUAGCAGCGGAAGUGGGGCUCAGGCUCCAAAUUUCGAUCCAAACAGCGUCAACCAACUGCAGGCCAACAUGCUUGACCCAUCAUCAUCGAAACUUGGUACAAGUAAUGGUGCCGGUUCAGUGAAUGGUGCCUCAUUCGACCCAGAUAAGUUCAACACUAUGCAAUUCAACUUUUUCAACCCGCAAGCUCAGAUGGGAGGUGGCGGUGGAAGUGGCGGAAGUAGUGGUGGAAGCAGCGGAAGUGCCCCAAAGUUUGAUCCAAAUAGUGUGAACCAGAUGCAAGCCAACAUGCUCGAUCCCUCCUCCUCCAAGUUAGGUGCCAGUAAUGGUGGUGGCAGUGUGGGUGGAGCUGCUUUUGAUCCAGACAAGUUCAACACCCAGCAAUUCAACUUUUUCAAUCCACAGGCACAAGUUGGGCGAUAAACCUCAAAUGUGUGUAUUUAAAGUUGUACAGCAAUUAUGCCAAACAUUUCAAACUCAAAACAUUUUCUGUAAGAUACUGACUAGUAGAUCUUUUCGAAAGGAAUAUGAUGAACUAUUAUAAAAAAAAUUAUACUUUGCAAGACAAAAACGUUGAAGUGAUUUUUACUUUAAUCAAUUUUGAUAAUUGCACAAAUAGGUAAUAUAUUAAUUUAUAAACUGAUUUGAUGUAAAAUUCACAAAGUAAAUAUA